CAACCCCAGGAAAUCCAAAGUACAUCGUCGCAUUGAUGAUGAGACAGUCCAGGCUUGUAACGCCCAUGCACUCGCAAUACCACUUUCAUCGUUUCUUCUUACUAAACUGCAAACGGCUCAUCGCGCGCUUGUCGAGCGCAAACUACUGGUAGUUCACGCGCUAACCCAGCUCCUACUGUUCUUCACGUGAACAUGUACUGAUUCGACAAAAUACAACCAACUUACACAGCUUGCCCAUCGUUUUGGAAGAUCGCAGAAGUCGGUCGCCUCUAGUUAUUACAAGGAAAGUGGCGAUAUUGGGAGAUCAGAGCUGGUACCUACAAGUGCUGCGCAGGGUCUACUGCGAACGCCAACAUGUCAACCAAAGAGCAGAACAGUACCUUUCGCCACAGUCCAUCGCACCCUGGAGAAGCUGUCACAACCAAGUCACGAAAGUUGACCACAUCGCCCGGGACCAAGCUUGAUCGCGCACGUCCACGUGUCAUGCUUCUCACGGCCUGCUUCGUCUAUCUCACUACCACCCUCUUCGCCUUCCAGAUCAGUGUUACCAGCAUCCUCAACUUGAUUUCACCAGAGUAUGAGCGAUUCAAUGACCAGCUUCUAGCGUAUUCGAGUGCCUUGCGUAAGGAGCAGAUCGUCUACAGCCGUCUAGAUAAUGUUCUGUCUAGUGAGCUGAACCGCGGUUUCAUGGAGACUCACGAAGAUUGCCUUGUUCGUGGGCUCGAGAGAGCGAAUCACGAACUCAUCGGCCUUGGGUUCCGGUAUCCUGAUGUCCGUGAGAAGAUCAUGGAGUGGACUAUGGAGAAUUGUGGUAGAUUGCAGCACGCACCACAGGUUGUGAAUGAAGAGCCGACUCCACAAGAAGCUGUCUUGACGUAUUGGGCAAGUUUGAGCUAUCAUGCUCGCCGAAUUGCUAAGGAAACUCUCGAACUUGUCAAGCAGAAGCUUGGUUGGGUUCUCGGCCGACUUCUGGACUCUGAUCAGCAUGAAGACGCUUCUCCUCGUAUUGACCACGCAGCCGACGAUGAGGACAUGCAUACCGAUGAUUCUGUCACUUCCGAGCGCGUUCUACCCAAAAUUCCAUUUGGAUUUGCUCUACAGUGCCAACCAGACCUGCCUUGCCGUCUCUACUACCCAACUGAUUCGACCGCGGAUUCUCAAGAGUUGCACGUUUCGCCAGAGACUAUCAAUAAAUUUGAGCAACGGACAGCAGAACUGUUUACCUUCAACAAUACCCUCGAUCAAAUGGGAUCGAUCAUUUCUCAAGCACUACGUGUAGUGGUCUAUUUUGAGAUAUUCUUUCUGAGUCUCUCCGUCAUUAUGUUCAUCUACAGUCUAAUCAUCAAGAGUGAUUCGUCGUAUUCUCACCUCGGAACGGAAGCGACGUAUCUGAUCAAAUCCAUGAUGAUAGAACAUCUUUCUGCCGCAGCAGCCUUCACGCUCGACAAGUAUCCCGGAAUCUUUCCCAACAUACGAUCCGCUCUAGUCUUCGCCUUCAUCAUUACAACCCUCGGCUUAAACAUGGUCUUGAAAUUGCUCCUCUCCGGAUCGCAACUAGAGACUAUCUACAACAUCCGCCAGUCACUGCACGAUCUCUACUUGAUCCUCAGAAACCGCAAAAUCCCAGGCGAGGAGUACACUCCCCAAGUUGAUGACGAGGGAAACGAGGGCACCAAAGAUGACAACCCAAAAACUGAAUCUUCCUCAAGAGAAAAUGACUCGCGAGAAAACAAAGCAAUCGCCGCUUCGCCAAUCCCUAGCUCGCCACUAAAACCCCACCACCGCUUUGCCGACCCAACAACAACUGUUCAAGAAGAUAUUAGACGCUCUCGCGAAUCGCUCCGCCAAGAACGUACAGAACAGCAAAUAGCCAACGAGCGUACUGAGGGAGAUGGGGGUUUCGAUACUGACACGGAGUCCAAAAACGAUGCAUUCGUCCAUAUCGCUAUUGACGCAACGAAUCAAGUUAGUAUCUCUGAUGAGCCGGCAUGGUAGUGAUUUCAUGGGUUGAGUCGUACGAGUCAGGAAUAGAUAAUGACGGGGGCGUAUCGGCGUUUUUGGGUUUGUUUGGGAUAGGAGGGGGCGUUACCUUGGGAAAAUUAGACGAGCAUGCAUGGUGUUCCGUCUCUACCAUCUGUUCUGGGUUUAUUUCUUCAUCGAGUGAGAUGGCAUCUGGCCGUAACAUAAGAGUGAGAAUGUCAUAGAUGCAGAAUAUGAUUAGAGAAUAUCUCCGUAGGUUUUAAAUGAGCCAUAUCAUGAAAAGGGAUCUUCCCAGCAAACCC